AUGGGCACACCUGAGCCCGGCUGCGCGUCCCGACCGGCCCGGCCCGGCCCCGGCAGCUGCGGAGGGACGUGUCAGUGCUGCGGGGACCUUCGCUCGCUCUGCCUCAGCCUCAAGGACCCAGAGCGCGGAGAGCGGCCGUCCCUCCUCCUCCUCCUCCCUCUGGGCCGGGCUUGGCCCCCCCGGGCCACCCCACCUGCCCCGCUGAAGGAAACUGGAGAGUCUUCAAAGAGCACCAAGACAAUGGCUGCAAAAACAGUCCCACCCGGGCCCCCCGCAGCACCGGCACCGCCAGGCCCGGCAGAACAGGCCAAGCUCAACAGAGCCGCCUCCGGCCGCCGCUUCCGCCUGCUGCUGCUGCUGCCCCGGGCCGCCCGCGGGGCCGCGGUGUGCGGGCUGUGCCCGGGGCCGCCGCGGAACGGCUCCCUCGUGUCCCGGUUCUGUGAGUCCCGGCGUGACACCGAGAGCGACGGGCGCUGCUGCCGGGAGCGGGGCACGUCCCCGGGGCGGCUCCUGGGGCUGGACCUGAGCAACUGCUCCCUGCACAGCGUUCCCCCGGGACUGGCCGAGGCCACUGCUGCCAUCGUCCUGGACCUGACUGAGAACCCGCUGACAGCUCUGCCCGGUGGCUCCUUCCUGGGCUUCGUCCAGCUGCAGAGGCUCGCGGUGCCGGCGGCGCUGCAGUGCCCGGGAGGGAGCGACGCCUGGCAGGACGUGACGGUGGACAGGAGCACCCGGCUGUGCCAGGGGCAGAGGAACCCCUGCAACAGCUCCGUGCCGCUCGCCUGGCCGUGUCCUGAGAACUCUGCGUGUGCCCCCGACGGCCCCGGCCUCGUCCAGUGCCUCUGUGACGGUCCCUUCCACGGCUACAAGUGCCUGCGUGAGGGCGCCUUCCCCACGCUUCUCUUCGGAGGAAUCCUGGGCGCUGCCACCGUGUCGCUGUCCCUGCUGCUGUGGGGCACCCAGCGGAGGAAGGCCAAGAUGCCCUGAGCAGGGCAGGGACCCUGCCUGGCUGGAGGCUCUGUGGCCGGGGGGCUCUGGGGGUCAAUAAAGCUGCAGCUCCUC